AUGAGACUGAAAUUAAGCUUUACUUUUGAGGUCUCUACAGUUGAAUCUUCAAAGAAAAGAGCCUUGAAGAAGCUCGAGAGCUUGAGGAAGCCAGUGUCUGCUGUUUAUUCCGUGGAGAGGAACAACACUCAGACUCCUAGGUACCUGCUUAGAAGUAUGAGCAAAAAGAAUAAGAAACCUCCUCUUGCUGUCAGCAACCAGUCAUCUGUGAUUGGCACUGGAAGGAAACCUGGGGCUAGAAUAGAUGGGAUUGGUGGUUUGUAUGUCAAUAUUCCAGAAGAUGCAGACAUUGGUAAUAAGGGAGAAUGGGUAGAGAUCCCUCCGAUUCCAGGUGCUUUGGUCAUCAACGUCGGCGAUUUGUUACAGAUAUUAAGCAAUGGAAAGUACAAAAGUGCAGAACAUAGAGUUCGUACAACAAGUACAAAAUCAAGGGUGUCAAUACCAAUAUUUACAAUUCCAAAACCGACGGAGAAGAUUGCACCACUACCUCAAGUAGUAGAGAAAGAUGGAAUUGCUCUUUAUAGAGAGUUUGUGCUUGCAGAUUACAUGAACAACUUUUUUACAAAUCCACACGACGGAAAAAAGUCCCUUGAUUUUGCAAGGAUUUAA